CACUUGUAAAAUUUAUUUGUCUAAUUAGUAAUUCAAUAAGUGCAUUUGUAGUCCAGGAGUUGUUAUACAUGUGGGCAAUUUCAGAAUGUUUUAUUGUAAAUAAGGGUUUUAUUAGAAGUUUGUACGUUUUAUAGUGGAAGGUCUCGCUAAGUGUGUUCAGUCAAAUACAUUUUAUUUAUUCAUUUAUGUAUAUUUUUUUCUUAUAGUUACAAUAUUUACAAAUCAAGUGUAUAAAAAGAAUCGGGUUUUUUUUCUCUUUUUUUCUCACUCCAGACCAGCAGGUGGCGACAAUUCACAUUUCGGCUCUUGCACUGUCAACAAAAAGAAGGAAAAAGACGGUGAAGAAAAAAAAGAAGAAGAUACUUGUCGUCGUGUAACGUAUUUGUUUCCCAAUAUUUGUUAGACGCGUUCACGGUUAUCGGGCUGUUUUAGCACAGCGAGCUGUUUUCUGUACAUAAUGACGUCUAAGUGAAACGCGUUUGCCGUGACAGACUGACGGGUACUUAGCUAAACCAAGCUAACAGCAGGAGUUAGCAGGAGUCGCGCGUCAGUUCUUCUUUCAGCUGAUCCAAAAUGUACACUCUGCUGUCUGGAUUAUACAAGUACAUGUUUCAGAAGGACGAAUACUGCGUGUUGAUCCUGGGGCUGGAUAAUGCAGGAAAGACGACCUUUCUGGAACAGACCAAGACUAAGUUCAGUAAAAACUACAAGGGGAUGAAUCUGUCCAAAGUCACAACAACAGUUGGGUUAAACAUCGGUACCAUCGACGUCGGCAAGGCUCGCCUCAUGUUCUGGGAUCUGGGAGGUCAGGAGGAGCUGCAGUCUCUCUGGGACAAAUACUAUGCAGAGUCACACGGAGUCAUCUAUGUGAUUGAUUCAACUGAUGAAGACCGCCUUUCAGAGUCAAAGGAAGCCUUUGAGAAAAUGAUCUGCAGCGAGGCAUUGGAAGGCGUUCCGCUCCUCAUUCUUGCCAACAAGCAGGAUGUACCGAGUUGUUUGUCGGUGCCAGACAUCAAAACAGCCUUCAGUGAUUCGGCACCAAAGAUCGGCAAAAGAGACUGCUUAGUGCAGCCCUGCACUGCCCUCACAGGGGACGGAGUGAACGAAGGCAUUCAGUGGAUGGUGAAGUGUGUGGUGAGGAAUAUUCACCGGCCGCCCAGGCAGAAGGACAUCACCUAAAACAUGGCUGAGCCCACAUAUUCUGGACAUUGGCAGAACUUUUGACAAGGACAUUCCAUGCGACCCCUGGAGUUGAUGACAUUCUGGUUUUCUAGUUUUACACUAGUUGGAAAUUUUUCUCUUUGGACUCUUGUUACGGUGUGACUGUACAGGUUGAUUUUUCCACUGUGAACUUGGAGUGAUGCGUUUUCUAGAGAUCAGUAUCGGACUGCACAGUCAGCUGAGCCUCACUGACGGCAAGAAAACAUUGCUGCGUCACGUCUCUCAUAAAUACAUCAAGUUUUCAUUA